CACGUGACGUCAGACUUUUUUUUUUAAUCGCUUUACAGGAGGUGAAAGUAAAACGUCACGUCAGUAUGGACCCCCAGCACUUGCUAGACGAUUGCCUCAUUCAUAUAUUUACAUUUUUAAUCGAGGAAGAUUUAAUCAGGGCUUCAAGCGUGUGCACGGACUGGCAUAAUGCCGUCGAGACUCCAUGGUUAUGGAGGAGGAUGUGCUUGCAACGAUGGGGAUUUUGUAGCCAGGCAGUGUUGGGGAGCCCUCGCGUCAAUCAUUCAUGGAAGAAGUACUUUCUGAGACGAUCAUAUUUAGAGACGAAGAUGAAGGAAGGUCGUACUGGAGGUUACACUUGCACGAGUCUUCGAGGCCACACAGGGCAAAUUGUAGGCUUGGUCUACCUGCAGCGGAGCUCACCUCUGGGUCCUGACCUCUGGGACACCCCAACUACAGUCUGCAGUGCUUCAACUGAUGGUACAGUUCGGGCAUGGAACAUCCAGAAUGGUCAACAGGUGUGGUGCACUGCCAAGCAGAGUCCUUUAUCGAGCAUCAUCAGUGACGAGCAGCGUGACUAUGUCAUCACAGCCGAAUCUGGCAGCCUGAUCAAGGUCUGGCAGGGUCAGACUGGCCAGGAGGUGGCGUCCCAUUCCGUUGGAACCACACACUGUACAUUGCUCCAGUUUAAUAAGGACAACGAUUGGUUUCUGUCUGUUGGAACGAGUCAGGGUUCUCUGUGUACACUAGCCGGAAUAGCUUUGACUAAAAAAUCCAGUAUAAUGGUAUGUGACAGCUUUAACGUCAACAUACUCCUGAUUUCAACGGACAAAAAAUGGAUCACAGCUGGCUCAAAGGAUAAUGUUGAUUUAAGUCCAAAGGUGAUUUAUGCGGAGAGUUUGACCUCCCCGUGUGAGGACAAAGACCCACUGUGCCAGUCAGUGCCGGUCAGUGGCUGCCAGGCCGCCGUCUUCAUCUCCACGCAGCCUGCCAGACUGGCCAUGGUCCACUGCAACGAGCGCACUCACAACAAAGCACUCACUGUCUUCGAUGUCAGCAUUAAAAAGUCAAAGUACACGACCCAGAUCCAAGUCCAACAGGUGGAGUCCUUUCUUUUGCCACUGAAUAGCACGUCCUCUAACAUUCUUCUCGAGGCGAAGGACAGCAACUCUAUUGUGAUGGCAGCUGAUCGUCAUCUGUGGGUGUAUUCUCUGAAAGGUUCCUUGCUCGCCAGCUUUGAAGAGCACAUGAUGCCAAUUACUUCUAUUUGUGUGGACAGCUUUCGUGUGGUCACAGCAUCUCAGGACCUUUCCUUGCGUGUACUGACCUGGAAACAUGACAGAGACGGCGGGUCGACCUUGGAGAGUCGAUACCACUUACUGGGAGGGUCGCACACUAUGUCCAGAGGCUUCAGCCGCGUCUCCUGUGACUACUCCAGCAUCGUUGGUGCCGUUGAAGGGAAAGAUGGCAAAGAUGUUUUAAAAGCUUACACGUUUACCUCCUGACCCCCAAAAAAAAGCGGCAACGUAAUUUUUUCGCACCACCUUCGAAAAAGAGGAAUAUUUUGUUGAUCGUAAAUUAUGCAUGCUUUUAUUCAGAGGUUUUGGGGUUAUUUACAAAAGGAUGACAUGAUACGCUAAUGUGCAUGAUAACAAGCCUGUGUAGGACUUCACUAGCCCUGGAGCUGAAUGUGACAGGUCUUAAGGCAGAACAUUGCAUAAAAAAAACAGUUCUUCAUAGGGUUAACAGUGCAGUGUGGGGAUGAAGAAGUGCUAGGGCAGUACAUAUCACUAUUUGUGUUCAUCUCACAACAUCACAUAAUAAUAAUUAUGACAGAAUAAAUAUUUUUAUUAUAAGGCA